AUGGCGUUUGAUAUGGGACAGCCCCAGGAGGGCCCCAUGGAGGUGGCUGUGAAGGAGGAGAUGGAUGUCAAAGCUGCAAAAGGCAAAGGCAAGGGGAAGGGCAAAGCAGCCAAGGUUCGGCCAAAGCAGCCGCUGCUCGUAUCCCCGGAGCACUUCGCCGCUCAAGUGCGGCACCUCGUGCUGCGGACCUUCACCGAAGAGCCAGAGGAGGAUCCCCUCACAGUGCCGCAGGGGCUCUACGUCGCGGCCAUGCAGAGCCUUACACGACUGCAACCACAACUCUCGAGCACCGAUGUCCUGCCAAUCCUUCCCAUCUCGGGGAGCUUCAGUGCUGACGAGCUCGAUGAGCACAGGUCUCAGCGGAAGAAGCGGAAGGAUCCACGACAGACUAUCGUGGCAGUACCCUCCAUUCGGUUCAUGCCAGGCCUUGCGCACCCCUUGACCUUCAACGAGGAGCAGAUGCUUCGGCUUUUCGUGACGGACCCGCGGAGCAUGGCCUACAAUCUGGCCAACACGCAGAGGAGCCGAGUACCGCUGACCAUCGAGCAGUGCGAAACUGCGCACCGUAUCAUUUUGGAGCGGCACGAAGUGCUGCGCAGCGCCUUCAGCUUGGAAGAUCCCACCAAUCCCACCCGCAAGGUCAUGCGGAGCCACGUGGGGGGCUUCUACGCUUUGCCGGUGGCGGACGAGGGCCAGGCACAGGCCGUGGCGAGCAUGGACUACGCCACACCCCACAUGCUUGGCAUCUCCGGUAUCCGGGUGCUGUACACGCCCUCCUACGACAACUUCCCGGCGCUGCACGUCAACAUGCACCACAUCCUCGCGGACAAUGACGCGCUGAUGACCUUCUGGCAGGAAUCCUUCCAGAUUCAGGAGUUGCUGUACUAUGGCUACUCCAAGCAGGCAGUGAAGGACCGCCUGCCUCAGCUGCCAAUCCAGUUCACAGACUUUGCCUACUGGCAGAAGUCCCUGUUCUCCAGAGGCCUUCUGAAGCCUGACCUGGCAUACUGGGGUCGACAAAUUACGCACUCGCAGCCUCCUACAGUACUGGACAUUCCGGUAGAUACCCCACGACCACGAGUAUGGGUCGCCGUUGGGGAUAGUUGCAAGAUCAUGCUGGACCAGGAGCUGAUCCAACCGGUGAUGGACGUGAACCCACGCAUUACGCCGUUCGCAUCUGUGAUCUGCAACUUUGCGUUGGCACUGAUGAGGGUAAGCAACCAGCGUGUGGUUUACGUGGCCACAGCCUUCGCGCUCAGAAGCUUGCCUGCGGUGCAAAACCUCAUCGGCAACUUCCUCAACAUGCUGCCCAUUCGUGUGGCGUACGACCCCACAGAGCCGUACAUGGACAUCGUGUCACGGGUGGCGACAUCUACCAUCAAUGUCCAGCGCUACAACCUCGCGCCCUUCAUCCAAAUUGUCAACGACACCCAGAAGCACUUUGUUACCACUGACCCCUCCAGGAACCCCGUCUACCAGUCCAUGGUUGACGUGGUUCCGAGAGACGACGACAGCGAUGAGGUUGGCUUGAAGGGCGUCUUGGACAUCUUCCUUUUCGCCAACACUAGGGAGGGCCGCAUCUUCCGCCUGGAUGGCGUUUUCAACAGCUCCGUGCUGACCCAGCAGACUGUGCGGCUGAUCCUGAUGCACACCAAGGCAAUCACCACCUGGGCGGCGCUCCACGCCUCAAUGCCGAUUCCUCGGAUGCUGCCGCUGAUGGAACUGGCGCAGGAGGCCAAGGAGGCAGACAAGGGCGUGGUCCUGACUCACAUCAUGGUCCGCGGCAAAUCAGGCUUGCCCUCCAUCGCUGCGCUGUGCAGUGGGCCCGAGGGCCCUGGCAUUUCCGAAGACCAGCGAGGUGUGAGAGCCUCUCGGCGCUUCAAGCUGCACUCUGCCUUGGAGAUGGGCGCUGACAUUCCACAGAACCUGAUGAAGUCUGCGAUCUUGCCAACGCCUUUGCAGCCGAAGGCGAAGCAGAAGGCUCAGCCCAGAUGGCAAGAGCUGGUUAAGGUGGAGCAGCCAGCGGCUCCCGCGCCUGCGGCGAUGUCCAUCCUGGCUCCAACCCCCCCCGUGAAAGAGACGAGACCAGCAGCGCUGUCUGUGGAGGAGGAGGUGGCCCAGAGACGAGCAGAAGCGCAGAAGCGGCGGGAGCGCAGCUAUCAUGUGGCGGCUGCUUGGGCCCAGACCCAGAAGGAGAGCGAGUUGAUCUCCCUUGGCCUGGACAACCCCUUUGAUGAAAGCGAGGCCUUUCCCAAGUCUGCGCGGGCCCCAACUUCGCAAAGGUUAGAAGACGCGGUUUCGCAGCUUAUGCCGCCGGCCGCGGAAGCUGAGGGGCCGGUGCUGGAAGCAUGGGAGCCGCAGCCUCAAAGCGCCCCCUGGCCCCUGAGCCCUGCCAGUUUUGCCCAAAGGCAGAUCUUGCGGGAGGCUGCCAGCAAGAGUGGUGCAGGUGUGAGCCUGGAGGCGACGCCGCAGGCGACGUCCGAGCUGAACCGAUGGUCCGCCGAGAUCGGCGGGGAAAUCCAUGAAGCAUCACAGAAGGUAUCGGAGCUCAGGAAGAUGUCCAAGCAGAAGGGUAUUUUCAACGACAAGACAAAUCAAAUCCAGGAGCUCACCUACACGGUAAAGCAGAGUGUGCAGUUGCUGAACCAGAAGAUCGAGGCGCUGGAGGCCAAGGCCAAGAGCUCCGGGAAGAACAAGAGCUACCAGGCGCAUGCCUCGACGCUGGUGGAGACCUUGAAGACCAGGCUGCUACAAGUGACCAAGGAGUUCAAGGAUGCCUUGGAGGACCGCACCAAAGCAUUGGAGCAGCAGGACAAGAGAAGGCAGAUGUACUCUUCUGGAGCGGGUUCAGCCUCGAAUCCCUUCGCUGGCCGACAGAGGCCCACGCCCAGCGCCGCGAGCGUGGAGGACAUGGAGGGCGGAGGCGUGCGGAGUCAGGCGCUGCAACAAGGCUACCAUAGCUCCAGGGCGGAGGCGGUGCAGAGCGUGCAGAAGACCAUCGGCGAGUUGGCCCAGAUGUUCCAAAAGACGAUGGCCGUCAUGGUCACUGCACAGGAGGAGAUGGUGCAGCGCAUCGAUCACGAUCUGGACGACACGCUGGACAAUACGAAGAAAGCGCAGGACUCUCUGCUGCAGUACUUCCACUACAUUUCCUCGAACCGCGCUCUCAUCAUCAAGGUCUUCCUGAUUCUGAUAUUCUUUGUGAUCUUCUUCGUGGUUUUCUUGGCGUGA